UCGGGUUUCCCUCAAUUCCCAUUCCUAAUUUAUCACCAACAAUCAAACCCUAGCUCGAAAAAAAUCGAGCCGAAUCUUCUGUAUCUAUGGAAAAUUCUCGUUCCUGCAAGAAUUGUCAAAAGCGUACAAUCGGUUCAGAUGAUACAACAGGUAAUCCCGUUUGCUUAUCAUGUGGAUUUAUACAAGAUUUCGAUAAUUACGAUCCCCAAAUCGGUGGAAUCAGUGGUCCAUCUGGAACACAAGUCCGUACCGGUACCGCCGGUGCCGGAACUAUUUAUAAUUACCAUGAAACAAAAACUUACAAUGCCCAGAAAGAAAUUGAAGAAAUAACGUUCCAAUUAGGAUUUUCGAGCUCGAAAUCUAGUGAAGUUAAGGAUAUGGUAGUGAAAGUUACUAAUGGCGAAUACGGUCAGGGUAGAUGGUUUACUGUAUUCAUUGGUGCUUGUGCUUAUGUUGUUAUGAGGAAUGAUGGUAAGCCGUUAGCUAUUGUUACAGUAGCUAAUUUAGUGGGUUGUGAUAUUUAUGAACUAGGUCGGAUGGUUUAUCGGGUUGUCGAUUUUCUUGAUUUGAAGUUGCCUGAAUUUGAUAUUGUUGAUUCUUUCGAGCAUUAUAUUAGGAAUGCACCGAGUUUUAGUGAGGUUUCUGAGGAUAUGAUUGGGAGGAUGUUGAAACAGGGUGUUUUUUUGGUGCAGUGUUUGGUGAAGUGGUAUGUGACGACGGGGAGGAGGCCGUUGCCUGUUGUGGCAGCAGUUUUGGUUUUUGUUGCAAAGUUGAAUCAAGUUGAUGUGGUGAUUGAGGAUGUGGCGAAUGAGUUGCAAGUGGCGGUUGUUACUUGUAGGUUGAGAUAUAAGGAGUUGUUAGAGAGGCUUGUGAAGGUUGCUCGAGGUUUGCCUUGGGGCGAGGAUGUUACUGUUAAGAAUAUUAUGAAACACGCGACUUUUGUUGUUCAAUACAUGGAGUUGAAGUCGAUGUCGAAGAACAGAGAUAAAAAGAAGAAUUUUGAAGAUGUUGGAUUUGAUUUGGAUUAUUUGAUCGAUGAUUGUUUGAGCAACGGAAAUGAUUAUGCUUUAGAUGAUGCCGACACCAUAAAAGACUCACAGUACUUUCAGAUGGAUCGCUCUACAAGGUUGGUGAUUGAAAGUUCAAAUAGAUUCCAAAUUUCCCAAGAGUGUUUGGCAAUGAUAUAUUCGAAGAUGAAGAAUGAAAUGUGUGUACAGGAGUCUACAGAUAACAGAGAUAAUAACAUUAGGAAAAGGAAGAGAAGGUAUGACAUGCUUUCAUACACAGAUUGGUGGAAGGGAGAAUCGGAAAUGAGCAAAAAGCUUUUAGUGAAGCAAAUAGUUGAUAGAGAUGUGGGAUUGAGUGCUAUGCCUCCUUCUUUCGAUAGUGGUUGCUUGGCAUAUGAAAGGAGAAAAGAGAAGAUAAAGGCUGCAAAGUUUCGAAUCCAUAAGACAAUGUAUCCUUCAGAUGCUGGUUCAAUUGAUACGGUCGAUCUAGGCUCCCUCGAACACGUAAAUGCUGGAAAGAAAAGGAGAAGGAAAAUGAAAGUUAAUAUUGAUUGGGAGGAUUUCAUUAUUGAAGCCCUUCUGCUUCAUCAGGUGGAAGAAGUGGAGAUAGAAAAGGGGUAUUACAAAACCCUGUUGGACUUGCAUGUUUUCAACUAUUGAAGAUCUAACGGGUCAGCUCAAACCAUUAUGUCUAUUUAUGUAAAACUAUCGCAGAGAUUUUUUUUUUUACGUUUCUUUGACUGAUCCUGCGAGAGUAUAGGAGGUAUUUUUGUUAAUAUUUUCAAUCUGUAGAUUUGCGCAAGUUCCAUAUUUUUGCUAUAAUAGAGAGAUAUUGGUGGAAUAUAAACAACUAUGUUCUGUUUCUUUGGGUCCUAUCUUGAACCUUUAAUAACUAUUGUGUUUUUAUUUCCUUUCUGGGAUGGGAAGUUCCGGUUCUCCCUGCACAUUUUCAUUUUUGAUUCAUAGUGAGAAAUUAUCUUCUUUAUUGCAUGACUUUCACUCUUUCAAACUAUCUUAGGUCUUAGAAAUGUGGAAAAGAGAAAGUAUUUUUAUGGAAUGAAUGAGGGUUCCUUGUCUUAGAUCCAGUUCAUUACGGUUUCCUUAUUGGCUUUUAGUUAUACCGUAAAUUUCUUUUUGAUAGGUAGUCAUUUUGUAAGCUUCUAUGUGACACCUUCUCAUGCUGAAUACUAUGGUGAUUUGAGGGGCCAUAGAUGGUAAACAACGACAUUUUUAUGUCAAGUUGAAAGGGUUUAUUUGUACAACAUCUUUUGCUGUUUAGGAUCAUUGCUUUUCUGCUACCAAAGGGGAACUGUACUCAAGUGAACACAGUGUCCAGAUUGCAUGGAAUUAUAAUUUCAGGAAAUCAAACACUCUUUUAGGCAACUGCUCUUCUGAUAAUUUGAUGCAAUCUUUAGGUAACUAUUGGACAUUUACUUUAAAAUGUAUUUGAGCUGAGACACAUAUGUUUGAUUAACAAAAUGAAGCAAAUCUUGAAAAGUUCAUUAGUAGAUGCUGAAUGUUUAUACACCCAAUCCUAGUUCAUGUAUACACAAAUGUCUUCCUACCAGCAUUUGCAGUAUUGAGUAAAUUUCUUUAUAUCUUCAAAGUGACUGAGAUACUUAUAGCUAUAGAAUCAUUCACUUUGGGUGGGGGAUAGAAUCCCCUGGAGAUCUCAGAAAGUUAUGCAAGAUAAAAAAGGACAGUCAGGGCACAAAACAUCCUGCGUUAGUAGGAUCCGAGGAAGGGCCACACCAUAAGGGUUGUGAUGUAGACAGCCUAUCCUAAUGCAAACAUUAGUGGCUGCUUCCAUACCUUGAACCCGUGACCUAAAGGUCACAUGGAGACAACUUUAUUGUUGCUCCAAGGUUCCCCUUCCAAAAAGUUAUGCAAGAUA